CUGGAGUUCAGUUGAGCGCAGGCACACAGCAAGACUCUCCAAACCUCUCGUUUCCUGAAAGACACUCAGCGUGCCUCCAGAGGAUGGAAUUGUGGCCCUGGAUUUUCCUGGCGUAUGCUGCAACAGCAUCUGCAAGCUGGCAGAAGGAUACCACAUUGGACAGCCACUGGGAGCUUUGGAAGAAAAAACACAGCAAGGAAUACAGAAAUGAGAAUGAGGAAGAGAGUCGUCGAACGACGUGGGAAAAAAACUUGAAAUUAAUCACACUGCAUAAUCUUGAACAUUCUCUGGGACUGCAUUCUUAUGACCUUGGCAUGAAUCAUCUUGGUGAUAUGACCAGCGAGGAAGUACACGCUUUGCUGACUGGACUGAAACUUCCUCGCUCAUGGAAUCAGAAUUCUACCUAUUUCAAGUCAGAGCCUGAGGUCAAAAUCCCCGAUUCCAUAGACUGGAGGGAAAAAGGAUGUGUCACAGAGGUGAAGAACCAGGGUUCCUGUGGUUCCUGUUGGGCUUUUAGUGCUGCCGAGGCUCUGGAAGGCCAGCUGCAGCUCAAAACUGGAAAGCUGAUCUCUCUCAGCCCACAGAACCUUGUGGAUUGCUCCAGUAUGUAUGGAAACCACGGGUGUAACGGGGGCUUCAUGACCAACGCUUUCCAAUAUAUCAUUGAUAAUAAAGGCAUUGAGUCCGAAGCAUCCUAUCCGUAUACUGCCAAGGAAGGACCGUGCCGUUAUAACCCGAGUGCACGAGCUGCCACCUGUUCUAGAUACGUUCAACUUCCAUCUUCUGAUGAAGCUGCCUUGAAGGUUGCCGUCGCCUCUGUCGGUCCCAUCUCUGUCGCUAUAGAUGCGACUCGUUUUACAUUCUACCUGUUUAAGUCAGGUGAGUUCUACUAG